AUGCAGAUGAGUGAUGGAUUGCUAAGGGUAUUUUGGCCACACGACCUACCCCGGUCGUCCGCACCGGGAGUGAUUGUGGGUUGGCGCAACUCGGAGCUAGAUCUGUUUGUGUUGGCCGUAUUGGAGGAUGUGGAGCCUCGAAAUGUUGACAAUGCCCUCCGCGCGGGGAUCCUCUUCCGAAAUAGCCCUCACCCUGUUCCGCGCAUUUUCGGACUCUGUGGGCGGUCAUCGAUGCAUGUGCUAGGCUCUACGAACUCACGAGAAUCACCGACUGUUUUCAAUUCGUCGCAUCUGUUCGUUACAACCAACUCCGCAUGCAAAGUACCGCGUAUCCAUUGCCCGCCGGAGGCGAACAUUUCGAUCCAGGUUAUCAUGUUCCACCGUCCAGAUCCGACAAGAAUGGAGUAUAUGUCACUGAACCCUAUUUCCCUGGCGUUGGAGGACAAGGUGCUAGCUGCAGAUAAACCAGAUGCGGGCUUCGAUAAGACCAGUGUAGGGGAGGGAGUGGAAAAGGCUCGAGUGCAGAAAUUGGUGGACAAGCUGAGGCUUCAUACCGUCGUCAAGCAUAUUCCGUCGCACAAAGAGCUCGCCCUUCCUUUCAUCAUCAACCAGAUAAAUUGCGCAUACGAAAUGGGAAAGCUGAUUGAGAAGAACAGCAGUCUGAUCGGUAUCCGUGUCAAGAGGAGUAUGAGUGUAUCGGAGCGUGUGGUCGAAUCGGCAACGACUAUAUGGGACUUAUUCGUUCUCGGUGUGUCGUACCUUUUUUGGCAGUGGAUCUGGCCUGUUGUUACUCGAGUGUUUGUGAUCGGUUUGGUGUUCCAUCGUGCCGUCGCAGACCUCGUCCUGCAAAUUCUAGAAUGGCGUGCGCGGCCAGACGCGGCGGCAUUGAAGGAUAUAUCUGCUACCGCGCAGCAGGUGGAUAUCCGACUCCAACAGUUCUGUUAUUGGCCUACACAGUAUGUCAAACUGCGCCAGCGGAAGGACGACUGGGAGAGCGUGACGACAUACCACGCACACUACAUUCGGUUCUACAAUAGCCUGUGGCUUGUCGCCAAUGAUGUGAUCAUCGGAAUAGCCUUGGGAUCCUACAUCAUUGAUAAUGCCAACUGGGUAGCAUACCAGAUCAACCUGGUCCUCAGCGGCUGGACUGUCGAAGGCCUGUCGCAAACAAUUUCUUGGCUGAUGGAUUGGCCCGCUGGGUUGAAGUUGAAUAACGAGCUUGCGGCAUUCCUAGGUGAUCUUUUCUUGUGGGUUAUCGAGAACUGGGCAGCGUGUAUUGCAAACCUGCAACCCUACCUUCCUCAUAUCAUUUACGUUAUCGGAUGCGCGAGCUUCGCUGGGGCCAGCAUGCCCAUAGCCCUAUUCUCCGAUCUCGUAUCUAUACUCACAGUGCACAUAUACUCAUUCUAUAUUGCAUCCGCCCGCAUUUUCAACUGGCAGCUCACCAUCAUCAUCUCCCUUUUUCACCUUUUCCGUGGUAAAAAGCGAAAUGUCCUUCGCAACCGUAUCGACUCGUGCGAUUACGACCUAGACCAACUCCUUCUUGGGACUAUUCUCUUCACAGUCCUCUUCUUCCUCUUGCCAACAGUUAUUGUGUUCUACUUGGCCUUUACCUCGGCACGGAUGUUGAUAAUCACGCUCAAGGCUGGGCUUGAUACAUGGCUGGCCUUCUUAAACCAUUUCCCACUUUUCGCCUUGAUGUUGCGGGUCAAGGACUCCCGAAGAUUACCAGGCGGAAUACGCUUCGAGCUUCGCCAGGAACAUGAGAGUUCGUCGACAAAUGCCUUGGACCCUAUUGUCCACUACAUACACCUCGAAUCCAUCCCCCUCACCUUACGAGCCAUGUUUGACCAAUACUUCCAACUGGCCCAUCGCCUCCGGAAACACUACCUCUCCCCCCGAGUUAUCUUUUGUCUUUUCACGGGUCGCUUCGUGCCUCCGAUUCACCGCCGCAACCUUUACAGCAUGCAGUAUAGCAUGCUUCCUGAUGUUCGGCCCUCGUUAUCACAGGUAUGGUCUGAGUUAACACAGCCGAGAAAAACGAGCAGUGGGAGCAGUAGCUCAAGCUCGAGUAUUGGGUCGGGAUCGAAUGGGCUCCUCAGGGUCUCCGGCUUUGGUUUUAGCCAGGUCUUUUAA